AGUUGUCUUUAUCCUUUCAGAUAUCCUGUACCAGACCCCCCCUAGAAGUUGAUGUGGGGCCACUUUCCUUGGACUGAGUUGUGACCCCUAGAGGCUCGUCCUCAUGUUUCUUCGGCCAGAGGCAGAAUUGGGCUGGCUCCCUACCCAUGUUCAGGUGACUAUAUUGCAGGCACGGGGACUCCGAGCCAAGGGCAAACAUGGCACCAGUGAUGCGUACACCUUGAUCCAGAUAGCCCGGGAGAAGUACAGUACGUCCGUGGUAGAGAAGAGCCCGGGCUCCCCAGAAUGGAAGGAGGAAUGUUCUUUCGAACUGGCCCCUGGGGCCUUGGAGCGGGCAGAGAACUGCGACCUUCAGCUGACUGUCAUGCACCGUGCCCUCAUUGGUAUGGACCAGUUCCUGGGGCAGGUCUCCAUCUCACUGCAGCACGUCUUUCAGGAAGGUCGCUCCCAGAGGAACCAGUGGUACAAACUUCGCUCCAAGCCAGGCAAGAAGGAGAAGGAAAGAGGUGAAAUCCAAGUCUCCAUUCAGUUCACACGGAACAACCUGACAGCCAGCAUGUUCGACCUCUCCAUUAAGGACAAGCCCAAGACCCCCUUUGGGAAGCUGAAGGACAAAAUGAAAGUCAAGAAGCUGUUUGACAUGGAGUCCUCCUCAGCCAUCAUACCGAGCAGUGUCGGCCGCCUGGACAGUGACGAUGAGGAUGAAAAGAAGCCCAAAUCAAAGGCUGCCUUAUUCCUCAAGGGACGUCUUCGCAAGAACUCCCUCACCAGAUCCAACACCUCUCUGGGAUCUGACAGCACCAUCUCCUCCACCAGUGGAACUGUGGCCAACACUCCCGGGAUCUCUAUUGUACUUCCAGACCCCGGCAGGAAACCCGCAUCCAGGAAUAGCAGUCUCUCCACAGAACCUUCUGCACAAAGUGGCGAGGCAUCUCCACGCAUGACACACAAGAGAGCAUUCAGUGAUGAGGUCAACCAGCUGAGUAUAUUUCCUGAACCCAAGGUUGUGCAGAACCUCAAGCCAAAGGGUAGUCCUAUCUCAAAGUCAUCUGUUUGCAUCAAUGGGAGCCACGUGUAUGCGGAAACAUCCCUACCCAAACCUUCGCUGAGUCCACUGGAAAAACUUCCACCUGCGUCAAGGUCAUUUCAGAACAUUUACAAGAAAGCGGAGGAGAGCAGUGUUUCUGGUGCGGCCACUGGGCAGCUUUAUGGCCUUGAGAAGCAAGAGAAGAAGCCGGUAGCUUCUCCCACACCUGUCCAGGAAGUGGUCAAGGACCCAGUAAAGACCAAGAAUGAUGAGGUCCCAGCAAAGACCAAGAAUGAUGAGAAGGUUCCAGCAAAGAUCAUGAAUGAUGAGAUCCAUAAGGAGAGCAAACCCGUGCAAAUUACCUUGCCAAUAGUGUUUAGUGAGGAGCCGCCCAAGGUGAAAGCUCAGGAUGGGCAUGGGAAAGAGGAGAAGAAGCCAAAGGCCACCCUAUUGCACCAUGACUCUGGCACCAAGAGCCACGUAGAGCCUGCCCAGCAGAUGCCUGUGACUAGUGAGGAGAAGGCCAAGCCAGGCAGUUGGUUUGGCUCUAAAGACACAAAGGAGACCCCACAGAAGCCAAGUUUCCCCUCCGGGUCUAUUGCUACCUCAGAAGCUACUGAAAGGGGCUCUUCUCUUUUGGAGGAACACAGUCCAUUGGCCUUUUCCACAGCCCCAGAGGUCCACGAGAAGCCCCUACUGCAAGAGAAAAGCACCCAUCUGAAGGCUUUGGCUGAUCCUAAAGAGGUCUCCGUUGCACCAAGAAACCCAUACAGAGCUCCUGUAAAUAAUGCAGAACUGGAGGAAGAGUUUGAUGCCUUUGCUUCUAGUCGGCUUCAGCCUGUCGUUGUUAAUCCAACCUCAACAGAAGCAAAUGGGAAAAGCCUUCUUAAUAAUGAUGAUGGCCAGUCACGUCCUGGUCACUUUAUCCAGAGCAUAAAUAUCCAGAUUAGUAACUCUGCUCAAAAUGAGAAAUCUGACCGAACUGUAGGUGUUCUUCCGAUGUUACUCCCAAGUACAAAGCCAGAACAUUCUCAAGGGGAAGCUAUAACUACAGAUGAGCUUGUUCCUACAAGCCUUCAAUCCACUGAUCACACACUAUACAUUCCCCCUGUUGAGUCUGCAAGAAUGCGACCAAACGAAGAACCUUUAACAUUAGACCAAGGCAAAGUGUGGUCACUCCUAGACGAGCGGAAAACAGGGGAUGGAAAUAGGUGGAAUUCUAAUGAGCGUUUUGCAGCAGAAGAGGUCUCAAACAUAUAUAGGCGUUACAAUCCUGGACUCAACCAAUAUAAACCAUUGCCUGAGAGCAUUUCCAGUAGGUUACCUUCUGUAUCUGAUAAAGAUGAAUAUUCCCAGAUACAUGAAGCUGAACACAAGAUUGCUACAGUCUCCCCUCUGAUUCUGGAAGAACAUGCCAUCAUUGAUUCUCAUAAAACCCUUAAUCAGGACCCUACAUCCAAAAACAGGCACUCCAUGAGCAUAAUUCAGGAGGAUGAAACUACAGACCAAGUGGGUCAUCACUUUGCUGGAAAGUUGCAGAUCUCAACUGAGGAGGCCUCCUACAAAGACUAUAAUUCUAACAGUGUCUUCUCUGUAUCUGGUCAAGAGACUCUACCUGAAUUAGGGUCUGUAGUAAGUAAAGGGUUUAAUGGGCCUGAAAUGAAGUUGCAGGAUCUAAACAUUGACACAGAACCUACUGGGUCACCUAAGCCCCCAUGCCAGGUCUUGCCAAUUACAGAGGAGAAAACGAAUAAUGAUAAUAACACACAAAUACAGAGUAAAGACCGUGAUGUUAAAACAAGCCUAAAAUUAAGUGAGAAUAAAUUUGUACCCAAUCAUAUUGUCCCUCCAGUCUCGUAUUGCCCUGUAAUUGAGAUAAAAAGCCCAAUGCAGUCUGCUGUCAUUCAGGGUGAAAAGUCUGCCUCUGAAGGUCACUGUACCAGUGCAAGAGAAGAUAAUGAUAGGGCAAAGCUGGGUGUCUCAAGUGGGGACUCGACUGUGCCUGAGCCAUUCCAAACUUGCCCAUCAAAGGUCUCACUUGAUACAUUGGACAUUUCUGGUGAAGACCCAAAUAAAUUGGAUGUUGUAAACCCCACUUCAACCAAUGACCUAACUAGGGAUCCUCAUUAUAAAGGUAGCACCGCACAGGAGAACAAUGACUUUCAUUUCCUAAAACCCAUUUCUGUUCCUCCCUCCAAGAGCCUUAAGAAUCUAGUUUGUGAGCCAGAAACUUCCAGUUCUAUUAGAAGAACUGACCAGUCUAGUUUGCUCUUUGUGUCUGCUGUAGAGGAGCAACUCCCUAAUAAUGUACCUGAUCUACUUAAAAUCAAAAAGGAGGCGCUGUUGACACCAGCGCAAGUAACACCACCGCAAGAAGGAAGCUCUCAUGCAAAUGUGGGUUUAAGUAGAGGAUAUUAUGGGACAGGAUUGAAAUGCCAGUUAGAGAAUGAGUUUGCAGACAGUAAAUGUGAGAAGGAAUUACAAGAGGACAUACAAUCUGACUUUCUUCUAAGUAAGCAGUCUACUUGGUCAGCAGAUAUAAUUGUGGACUUUAAGAACGAGGAUUUCUGGAGGUCUGAGUCGGACCUCAUAGAAGCUUCAAAUAACAAAAGUGUUUCUUCACCAGGCAACCCAUUUACACCAACUGAUAAAACACCAUUCCUGAGCAACAAGAACCCUUUUGCUGACUGCUCGCUAAGUCAUAGUUCUGAGGCUUCCCUGCCAGAAGAUGCAAGCUUCAAGGACCUUCAUGUACAAACGGCACUUAACAAUCCCUCCCACAACACUGUCCCUGCCAAUCUAAAACCCUCUUCCGUUCAUGGUGGUCCACCACUGGCCUUUUCUACACCUUCAUUUGUAGCUGUACCAAACCCUAAGUUAUCCAAUUUCCCCUCUCCAAUUAUGCCUUCUGCAACCUCUGCGGUCAACACUACGACCACAACAAACACCCAAUCUCCAGCCCUGUCCUCUGCUUCCAGUGGGGAGAAAGCAUCUGGCCUUUCCGUACUGCCCCAGGAGACACAGCCAGCUGAGAAUCCCUUUAUGCCAGUGAAAACCAGCCCUCACCCUGUGAAACCCAUCAGUGCUGCUUUGUCCAACACGGAAAAGAAGGGGCACAAACCAGGCCUGACCACGGCGCUGAGCAGCGGCCUGGAGAUGCUGAAAUCUGUCACUAGCGGGCAGCACGUCGCGCCGAAGAAGCAGGAAGUGGACAGACUCAAGGAUUUCUCCGCACCAGACCUGGCCGCCAAGUAUUACCACCUGACUCACGACGAGCUGAUCUCGCUGUUGUUACAACGCGAGGCUGAGCUGGGCCGGAAGCAGGAGCACGUGCGAGAACUAGAGGACUACAUUGACCAACUGCUGGUGCGCAUCAUAGAUCAGGCACCCACCCUCCUGCAAGUUCCACUGGAGUGUAUGAAGGACAAGAAAUGAGGCCGCCCCUGAGGAGCACACUAGGGAUUUAACUGGAUGUAGGUUCAUGCUGAGUAACCAAUGGCCAGAGUUCAGUUUUUGGCUGCAGAUUUUUGGUGUUGGACUGACACAAGUUUUGGUGGGGGGGGAGGAUUUGGGAGAAGUGUAUCUGAUGUAUUAGUAGGGUUCCCUUUAUACCCUCACUUGCCUAUAUUCUUUUCAUACAUGCAUUUCUACACAUGGAUUGGAGAUGACAUAUUGCUUGUUUAGGCUGAGGCAUUGCUGCUAGAUUUGAGUAACACAGGGUUGUCCCUUGUAUAGAGACAUCAACACCUUUGGGCAAAUCCUCAUCUAAUCCAAGCAAUAUGGCAGCCCGCUCAUAGGUAAGUGCAAAUCUCUAGACUUUAACCUAUGGCUCCAUGUCUUAUUGGAAGUAAAAGGAAUGUGCCCUUCAUCACAAACUGUAUAUUCUCCCUUUAACCAGUUCCCUAAUAUAAAGGCAUUGUUAUUAUUCCAUACAGGCUAAAUACUGCUCUCCUGUUUCUUAAGCCAGUGUGUGGUUUAAUUCUGCUCUUUCCCUUUGGGAUGUGCAACAGCACAAUGUGUAUAUUUUGGCUCUUUUAGCUUUAUCCUUGGAGAAUUCCUCAUGCAGAGAAUGUACUUACAAGCAUGUGCCAAAGAGAGGACUGCUUAGCCUUGCAUGCUCUGGCCAGUGGGGAGAGAAGCUGCAGGAGCAGUACUCACCGGUUUCUGAUCACCUGCAACUUGCUGAACAUUCAUGUUAGUAACGUUCAAAUGAAUCUACUCCCUGGUCUCUACCAAAUAUCCUAGCAUACAAGCUUUAUUCCCAGUCACAAACCAAAACUGACUCUGGAAAGUGUCUUCCUGCUUAGGAAAUGGUUUUGGUCCUUUUCCGGAGGGGAAUCAUUUCAAUGUGCAUGCUGCUUAACGGGAGGAGACAAUCUCAAAUGCAUCGCUCUCGGACAAUCCAUGUGCCUUUUUUUUUUUUUUUUACUGAACCCUGACUGCCUGUAUAUGAAAGUGUGCUGCCUCUGCUUAUAGAAACGGCCAUAUAUAGUCAAUAUUUACAGCUCCAAGGCCUGGCAUUGAUUUCCACAAUAUUAGAAAUAUAAGGUGGCAUGUAAGUGUUAAUGUACAGUAGAAAAUGCCUAUUGUUUCUCUUUUAAAUCUGUCUCGGUAAGUGUUUUGGAGAGUUCUGGGGGGGGGGAAUUGGUGAUGGAAAAUCACUGCAGAUCUGUGAUGUUAGUUCGUACUAUAAGGUUAGUAAGGCCCAGAAAGGGUAUAGGGUUAUUGUUGGCACUGGGCUGCUGUAUCUCACGCCACUGUCAUCCGCUGAAUGCCUGUUAUAUUGGCACUGCUUAUGUAUGUAAGUCCCAGCGAAGCAAAUGGCACUGGGGAGGGUCUUGCAGGCAGGGGAGGGUCUUGCAGGCAGGGGAGGGUCUUGCAGGCAGGGGAGGGACUCUUAGGCAGAGGGGUGAAUCUGCGGAGGUUAUUUAGGGCUGUGCUGGGAAUUCUAUGUGGCACAGAGCAGCUGACAGUGAGCAAUGGCACAGCAGCCCUAACUCAUAAAACUGAAAUAAAUAGAAUGACGGCAGAUUUGCUUUAAUCUACAUUGUGCUUUCCCCAGGUAGUCUGUCUGUCUUCUCAUUCAAAUUCCCACGAAGCUGUAAUAUAGAAAAGGACUGUUUAUUAUUAUUAUUAUUAUUAUAAUAAUAAUAAUAUCAAAGCACUUGCAAUAAUGGUGUGAUCUAGAGACAUCUGGCAGCACCUGAACCCAACACCUUGAUCUUACGGGUGUCGUGGGCUGAGUGUGUCUGUCUGACUGUCUCUACACUGUACCCACAGUCUUCCAUACAAGCAAUAUAUCUGCUGCCCACGGGCCCUCUGUACCCUCUCAUAUCAGAGGAGCUUCCUUGCUGUUGCCAAAUCCAGCCUCGUUAUCUCUCUGUAUUGUCAGUAUUUUUCUGUAUUCUCAGGUUACACUUACAUCUGUGGCCAAACACUCCUUCCAUAACCACAUUCUAUUGCCUGGAAAGGUCUCUUCUUAAACCAUUACACUCCUGCAGAUGUCUCUUCUUAACCUGUUACACUCCUGCUGAUGUUUCUUCUUAACCCGUUACACUCCUGCUGAUGUUUCUUCUUAACCCAUUACACUACUGCUGAUGUCUUUUCUUAAGCCAUUACUCUACUAUAGAUUUCUCUUCUAAACCAAUUACACUCCUGCUGAUGUCUCUUUUUAAUCUGUUACUCUACUUUAGAUGUCUCUUCUUAACCUGUUACACUCCUGCAGAUGUCUCUUAUUAACCUGUUACACUACUAGAGGUGGGUGAGGAUGGCGUUGCCCAUCCAGGCUUAGGAGAAAGACACACCAUGAGUUUUAGCAUCAGUUGCCCAUAGAGGGUUAUUGCCCCUGUCCUCGGAGAGAUGUGUGGGUGUCACUUCUGCAUCUCUGACCCCAACAAUCCACUCAGUAGCCCCUUCUGUGGAACUUGCUAAACUUGGCACAGGCGGGGGCAUCAGAAACACUCAGGUUUAUAGGCACACAGGGUCCCAGUCUCUCCUGUCCUACAGACGCCUCUAUUCCCCAAACUGCCUCUCCCGACUGUCACUUGUGCAUCUCCUGCACUGCUCACGCUCACUCCUCAUUCCACAUGUGACAGCAGCUCAGCUCAGUAUUAAUAAUAAUAAUACCCACAGUUGCCUUGUCUGUUCAUGGGGUUUCUUUAACCCCCAACGGUUCAGUCUUGUUUCUCCACUCUGCCAUCUUGCCCCCCCCAAGUGCAGUACAGACACCCCAUAUAAUAGUCCUUAUGAAUAUCUGCCCCCCUCCCCCAGGCUUUUUACUUUUAUAUCAGAAAGUUACAAGGUUUCAGUUAAUCCUGACUAUGCCUAAGUUGGAGAGUCUCUAAGUCUCCUGUUUUUGUGUUACGUCCUGUUAUAUACGAAUAUAUAUUUUAUAUUGACUCUUGCUAAUGUUUAUUAUUAAAGAGCUCCUGGUGUAUGUUUUAAAGCACUUUAAGGAAAAUAAAGUAUGUUAAAUGCC